GUUAGUCUCUCGGUAACUUUCGCUAGCUUCGGUCGUCUCUCGCCGGUAAGUCCACGUUGUUGUUGGUAUCGUGCGCGCGUUCUCCACAGCCUGCUGUGGUGGUUCAAGACUACUUGUGUCUGUGCAAAGCUUACUCUAUCCAAGGCCUGCCGCUGGCUUCUGCUAUUCUACAUCCAUCGAGUCUCGGGCGGACGAUACAUAUUAUCGGUGUUGUACAAGUGCACUGCAUAUUGCUUGCAAAGGGGGGAAGAAAAGGCGCGUGGCGCUAACAGUUACCGUGCCGUUAAAUCGUGUUUCGCUACAGGCUGCUGUCGUAUCAUCAUUCUCAUCAUCUGGUUAUCAUAAACGACUCUUCGAAAAUUCCGCCACCAGUGGCAACGAGACUACAUAUUUGAAUACCAGAAGGAUGUUUGUGCGGGAAGAAACGAUUCAACAUAUCGCGGUGGAAGGAAACAUCAAGUGCUACCUCACGAGGAGUCAGUGUUUGACGUUAUUUGGUUAUGCUCUGCUCAAUGACGACAGUGGACGGUAUCUGACAAUGGAGUAAAGUGUUUGUAGUGUUUUACGGUGGUAUAUGUGGGACUGUAAGUGGUGAAGAAGAAUAAAAGGCUGACAGGAGUAAGUUGAGCAGUUAUCAGUGCGUAAUCUACUGGAACGUGUUUGUCGAAGAAGAUUGGCGUUUCAACGGCUAUAAUGAGUAAUUAGUCAGAAUUCAAACGGCAUUCACCGUUACGAUGGCUUGCUUCACGGUACCUCCUAGACUGAAAUUGAACGCAAAUGUUUGUAACUUUUAAUCGAUAAGCGCCUUGCUAUCACAAACGUAACCAAUCCCGGAUAAAGCGUGCGAGCUUAGGUAACAAAAUGCGCUCCAUUCGUAAAUCAAUCGCCGAGUCGGAUGACGAUGCCACGCGUUCCUCAUCGGGUGGUGGAUCCAGUGCCACCGCCCAGCGCCACAUUGACUUGAGUUUACUGCGGAAACCGAUCCUCACCGCAGUCACCGGAUUCGUGGAAGCAUUCAAAGCGUACGAAGCCGGCACCGAGGAAAUCCGGAAGCUCCUGACCAGCGAAUGCGACGUCCUGUACGAAUGUCGUGUCUGUCGGAACAUUUUCCGCAGCUUGACCAACUUCAUAUCGCACAAGCGGGUCUACUGCCGGAAGCUGUUCAAUGCGGCCCAGCACUUCCACUUCCAAAAUGAUGGCUUCCUGGAUCAGGACAUUGCGACGAUCCUGCAAGCCGAGCAGGCCAGCCAGAACAAAGCGAAGAAGGCCCAUGCCGACAUCCUGAACAAAGACCUGUCCAGUAUCAUUGAGCGGCUGCGGCGGAAGCAACACAAGCUCAGCACCGAACUGAGCAUGACUGAUUAUUACGAUAAGGUUAACCAUAAGCUAACACAGGACGAUCUGAGCCGGCAGCAGCACCUGCUGCAGCUGGAUCGGGUCCCAACAACGGAGGCAGCUGUUUUCCAAACCGUUCGGCUGGGGGUUGUGGAUUGCAUGCGGACACAGGUGGGUGAACUGGAGAACCUGAACAACAAUAACAACAACACGGUGCUAGGACCGGACGGUAAGGUGCUCGAGCCGCGGUCUCGUCCCCAAUCUACGCUUCCCGUUAUCAGGGGACCAUCGGAGCAGUACUUCAAGCCCAUCGAACUGGAGAAGGAUGGCAAGGUGCCGGAGGAUGGCAGUAGUGAGCCAUCCGCAGGUCACAGUUGCCUAGAGUGUAAUCUUCGGUUCGAUACGGAGAAGACGCUAAAGUUGCACACCGACAUGAAGCACACGCCGUCGACCUACGUGUAUACCUGCCCUUCGUGCCCGAGAACGUUCAUGCAACCGGGGGCGGUUAUUCGGCAUCUCUGCAAUGAUCACAAAAAAUCCAUGCGCCGCAUAAAGAUGAUGCGUGACUCGAUCCUCAAACGGCGCGUCCGAGCAGACGAAGUGGUCGUCAAGGGUCAAUCGCGCGAAGUUUCCCGUCUACUGCAGGGAGCUUCCACGACUACCUGUUCGUCCCAGGAUGGUGGCAGCUCGUUCUCUGCCGGUAUGCUGGAACAUGACGAAGCCGCCGCCACCCGAGCCUGGAUGGAGAAUCUGGAACACUUUGACCAGGGACCAAUGUGUUCAUACUGUGGCAAGACCUUUGAGCGUAGGGCCGUACUCAGCACUCACAUGCAAACCUGUGUGCACAAGCUGCGGCAGACCGAAAACGGUUCGGUACCACCUGUGGCAUCCUCGUCCAGCUCAUCCAGCAGCAGGAGAAGUAGAACUAAGGAUGAAUCAUUACCGCCUUCCACGGUGGUAACGAAAAUCAAACUUGAACCGGUCGAACCGCCGGCAAGUGACGACUCGAAUUCUUAUGAUGUGCCAUUGUCGACGUUGCAGGCACGUAUCAGUCAAGAAGCGAAAGACGCCGACAAGCAGCAGCAGAGAGUAGUCGAGAGCGUCGUAACAAUCAAACCGGAAGAACUAGCAUUGCAUGACGAUUUGGAGAGCAGCAACCGACGCAAGCGGAAGAAGCCAAUGAUUAUGCUGCGAAACGCAACGGAUGAUAUUAGUUGGGAAACGGAUGAGUUAGUGGAAGAGACUGUCGUUGAAGUAAGUGUUCAGCCGAGUGUGCCAAUCAAACAAGAUGUGUUCGAAAGUAGCGAAGUAGAAGCGUUGAAGGCGGCGAAGAAAGCGCCAAGGAAUCGAAAGAAGAAGGUCGACGAAAAUGAUGAACUGCAUGAGAAGGAAUCAAUGGAGAAGCUGCAACUGGGAGAGGAGAUAACUUGCCGUUGUCUCAAAAAGUACAAUGACACUGAAAAGUACAAACGACACUUGAAGGUUUUUCACAGCAGGCAAAGGCGCUUCUGGUGCGCCGUUUGUGAGUUCAAGGGCUACAGGAAGGUGGACACCAUCAAUCAUUUGAUGCAGGAACACAACUACGAAGGUGACGUGGAGGACAUUAGCUCGCUGAUCAACUUCCAGCCGGUGGAAAAGACCAAGAAAACUGCGACUGUACCACCAACCCCUCCAAUCAACUGCGAGCCAAUCAACUCAAUCGUCGAGGCUGUGAGUCGAAUCUGUGAUACCAGCACGACGGAUAUAUCCUUCGUGGAAGUCACUGCUGACCACGUGACGUUGGACAGUAGUGCGACGUCGUCGGUAAAUGUGACGCUUAGCUCUACCACAAGCGUGCCAACUCCCGAACCGAGUUCCCUCAAGAAGCGACGGAGACCAACCCGCGCUCUUCGUGAAUCAAUUUGCAUCACCCCUGUAGAAGAUUUCGCCAAGAAACAAAAACCUCCAAACAAUGACCCACCCGAAGAUAGUCCUACCUCGAAGCGACCGAUUCGGAAUCGCGUAAAACCCGUGGACAAAGAUUUUGUGUACGACCUAACGCACCUCCUGCACAAAGAGGAAGAUCUUGAUGACUUCCCCCUGCCGGAACUAGUCCUGGACAAGCCAUCGCCUCCGGCCAAGCCCAAAUCCGAAUCUAGUCGUGUUCUUCCUGUGAACACCAUUUCCCCAAGCAAGCGGGAAUCCUUGCGUUCGCACGUUCCAAAACCCAUCCCAUCACACCUGUACAGGGGUGCGGCCCUCAAGAUGGCCACACGACAAGUUGAACUCGGCUUGGCUACCCUUCAUCGUCCCCCAGAGGUUCCCCACGAGCGUACCUUCAUCCCCUCGCAAAUGUCACCUCCCCGACGCGCCACCAUGAUUCACGACUGGCCAGUGGUCAAGAGAGACCGCAAAGCCGGUGCCAUCGCCAAGCAGCAGUCCGACAUUCAGAUCAAGCGCCGCUACAUGAAACGAGUUGCUUCCAUUGCCAACACGCACCUGCAGGAAUUGGUUCGCGAAAAGCGCAAAACCAUACCCCGGCGGAACAGCGUCAUUCCCAUGCGGCAGAAGCUGUCCGCUUCCAUCGAGAUUCUCAACAAGCUGAACGCGACGCGAACGGCCGCCGGGUUGGACGUGGUGCAAAUGGCGGACAUUCCACUGAUGGUGAAGUGUCCGACCGAGGCCGAGUUCCGGCGGAUGAUCGAUGCCAAUCUGAAGGACUUCCGGGAAACGAUGUCGCAGGCCAAUCCGAAUGGGACCACAGUGGAAGAAUUGAGCAUGGAGGCGGCAUCGCAGGAAGGUGAAGCGGUGUCACCGAAGAAACGCAUCACUCUGAUGCAGCGUCUGCAGGAGAACCGUACCAAGCGAAUGCAGGAACAAAACGGCAUCGUUUCAACCAAGGAAAAGCUCCCCACGCCAACGUCCUCUCCGCAGCCGGAAUCAUCUUCCGUCGUAGCCAGCAGCACGCCCAAGUCCUUGAACGUCGCAGACAUGCUGCAUGCCAAACUGAAAAGAUUUUCUUCGUAUUGAAGAAAAAAAAAACUGUGUCCCCACGAAGAGCAACCGUUUCUUCCAGUUCUGGUUUACCUGUGUUAAGUAUUGUUCGUUCCUCUCCUGAGAACUGAAUUUCAUUUCAUUUGCAUUUGUGUUCCAAUUUCCGUUUCGAUGCUGUUCGAAUUGUGUUGUUACCCUAUAUCGAUUAAGGAUUUUAGCUUUUUGUGCGUUUGUAUUCCAAACUCAGCAGCGGCGCAAAUCGCUGGUUUAGCAAUUAUAGGAAACAUUUUCUGACGAUAGUUUAUUUUAAUUCGUGAUUCAAAUUUAGAAAUAGAUUCAAAACCCAGCAAAGACACGUAGACAUAGAGAGAAGUGGAAUCUAGUUGUUGAGGCCUGACUAUUAUAGUGUGUACUGUUUUAGUGGAUCGAGUAGCUAUUAGAAAGAAACCAGCACUUUCUUGUGUAAAUAAAGAGAGUAAUAUGACCAAUCA